CUCACAGCCGUCUUCUACGAACCAAAGACUCCUCACCACAGUUCAGCGUGCUCCAGGAUAGCGCAGGGAAUCAGGAUACGAUCGACCGUAUCCCACCCGCAGUCAUCUCAACAUGUUCGCGACUCGGAGGCCAUGGCAUACUACCAGCAGGUCGCUGUGUACACGAAGUCAAUUGAGGAGACGUCUCUUGAGCACCUCGAGCCCACCAACUGUGUACUCGCCCAAGGUCCGAGCGUUCCCGUUCGCCAUGCCCGCAGAAGAUGUCCUCCAGGAGGCGAACAUCUUCACAGCCAUGUACUCGUGGAAGUAUGGCAGUAGACCGGAAACCCGCCCCGGAUUAUUUCGCCACUUAUGGUCGCUCGACCUCUUCGACGGCAAUGGCAAUUGGCAAAUGCGACCCAAGAAUGUCCAAGCCGUGUACCUACCUGUCUGGUUGAUUGACUCGGCCGUCACGUUUGAUGCUGAGUAUGAACGACCCUCCGGCUGGCGAUCGGCAUUUGUCAGCGUUUCCUCAGACUUAUCGUACAUGCCAGGCUUCGUAUACGAGCCACUCUCUCGGAUGGCUCUGAACUCACCGGCGUUGUCGACAAGUGCCGCUGUCCCCUUCUCAGAAGACCUCCGCACACAACACGGAACGCAGGUCCUCUGUCUCCCAUUCACACAUACACCAUUCCCUCUGCUCGAGCUCUGUAGUCAGAUGGAGAACAUACGCUGGCCCGUGGGCCCCACAUUUCACAUCAAGCCGCACACUGCGUCAGUUACAAUGAUGGCCGCAUACCCCGUGCUCGUCCCCGUUUAUGUCCUGCAGUACGAACUAAACCUGAUCAACGGUCCUGCAAACUACACCGUAGUAAUGGACGCCGCUUCUACUUCGGGGGGCUACUACAUCAACGACGACUACUUCAGGCUGGUCGCGGAGGGUCUGACCGUCCCCCAAGUGGCCGACACGCGCCUUUCUCUCCUGCUCUCCCCAGUCGGCUGCAUUCUGCAGUUCAUGAAAAGUUUCGCCAACCUCACAUGCGACGUCGUCUCCUCCGGGACAAGGGUCGGAUCCGCGGCGAUCGAGAAGGAGCUCUCUCAGCUGCUCGGAGACGCCGCGUUCACCAAGGGCGCGAUGGAGGCCUACCAGAAACACUUCUUCUCCGACGCGACUUCUUUUCUGCUGAAUCCUCAUGGCCUGUGGACUGGGACGAUCUGCGCAUCCGGGAAUUCACGGACGCAGAGGUUACGAGCAACCAGGCGUGGAUAAGGUUGGACAACACGAGGCAGCGUGUGGCUCUCGAAGUGAUGAAGAUGAAACGCCUUGCGGAAGCGAUGGACAUCACGUUGAAGCACGCUGCCCCGGAGAAACAUCUUAAAGUCUUCGCGGAGUGGGCUCCACGAACCACGCAGGGGAUGAUAGAGCAUCGCGAGAGGGACUACGUGCAGCUGCACGCGAAGACAAACGACAUGAAGCCAGCUUGGCUCAAGGAAUGGGAUGACCGGCCAAACAAAGCCGACAACGGGUUUAGGUAGCGCAGUUCCCUUCCGUGCGGAUAGGACGCUCAGC